UAUAUAUAUAUAUAUAUAUAUAUUUCUGAUUAUCGAAACUACUAGGAGAGGAGGCUUUCCAGGCAGCGGUGAGCGAUGGCGGAGGACAAGAGCAUUCCCGAAGGUGAGAGCAAAGAAUCGAGUCCCCCGGUGGUGAAGAAGAAAGGCAAGGGAGUCCUCUCCCGCGUUUGGAAUGCAAUCUUUAGGAUUCACGGGGACGAUUUCGAGAAGAGACUUGAACACAUUUCCAAGGAAGAGGCCGCUGUUCUCGCGCGAAUGAAAAGAAGAUCCCAGACGUGGAGGAGAAUGGUUAGGCAUCUCAUUGGCUUCUCUGUCAUUUUGGAGGUUGUCGCAGUUGCUUAUGCCAUCAUGACAACAAGAUCCAUGGAGUUGAAUUGGAAGAUGAGGGCAUUUCGAGUUUUACCAAUGUUCCUUUUGCCUGUUUUUUCUUCUCUUGCUUAUUCUGCAGUUGUAAGCAUCACAAGGAUGUGUGAUCGCAGGGACCAGAAAACACUAGAAAGACUUCGUGCUGAAAGGCAAGCUAAAAUUGAUGAACUUAAGGAGAAGACAAAUUAUUACACUACACAACAGCUUAUUCAGAGAUAUGAUCCUGAUCCAGCAGCAAAGGCUGCUGCUGCAACUGUCCUGGCAUCUAAGUUGGGUGCAGAUUCAGGUUUGAAAGUCUAUGUUGGAGAUGAAUCUAAGCUUAAUGUGCCAGGGGGGAAGAGCAAUGAUGUUGAGGUAGUGCCAUCUAGUGGACUUCGAAAACGAAAGCAAUUGCACACUAGAUCCAGUAGUACAGGAAGCACUCCAUUGCUUCAUUCUGAUGAAGAAACACCUCAUUCUGCAGGGAAUGAGGGUCCUCAAGCUUCUGAGCAUGAUCAACUGGUUGUUGUUGAUCAUCACUAUCCACAAGGACCUUCUGUACAGGAUGGGGGGUGGCUUGCACGAAUUGCUGCCUUGCUCGUGGGCGAAGAUCCAACACAGUCUUAUGCACUCAUAUGUGGGAACUGUCAUAUGCACAAUGGACUUGCCAGGAAGGAGGAUUUCCCCUACAUAACUUAUUACUGCCCACACUGCCAUGCUCUGAAUAGGCCAAAACAAUCAGAAGAACAUGUUUCUAGUUCUAGCUCCCCUAGUAUGAACCCCUUGAAAGCAGAAGGAAGUGGUGAUGCAACAAAACAUUCCCGUGGCAGUGGUACAAUGGGUGAGAGUGUAGUGACGAGCAACAGCUCUGAGAUUGAGGAAGUAACUGAAAAAGUAGUGUCAAGGGAUUCAGUUGGAUAAAACACAUAUCUGCAUGGAGCCAUGAAUUGUGUGAGAUGUUCUAUUUUGUUAAAGAGCACGAGGUGGUUCUGGUUGGCCUUUGAUCUCAUGUGUAGAGCAUAGGAACUAUUGAGCUCUGGAUUUGCCCAGUGGUUUUGGUUCUCUUGGUUGGUUGUGUGACUAAAAAUUGUUAUCUUACAGUGAACUUGUGAUUAUACACAUAUAGAACACUUUUCCUUGAUUGUAAUCAUGGAAAAAGUGCACCUGUACCAUUUUACCUUGUGAUCAUUGCACUAAAUCUUUUUAGGCUGUGAGCGAACAUACUCGUGGAAGUUCCAAAAGAUGAAUGAGAUUUUUCAUUUUGCUUAUAAA